GCAUUGAAUUUCUGUGGUAUGUGGACAAAAAUGGCCAUGCUAAGUAACUGUCAGAUCAGAAUCCUGCAGGCUACAGGUUUGGUGGUAAUACAGUGACCACUUCCACUUUGUAAGCCAUGAAGUUUCAUAAUCGCAACACUAACUAUACAUUCAAUUCCCUGCUUUAGUGAACAUGUUGAAGUGCAUUUGCAGUGUCUUCCAGCACCAGUCUGUUAUGACCUGCGUGAGAUUAAGGGAGGCAUGCUGUAAGCGCAUGACCGCUGGAGGUCUCUGUUUCAGAGAGAGAGGGCGGUAAAAAGGAGGCGAACCCUUAGAGAAACCGGCUGAGGGAACGAGCCGGAAUUCAUUCGCCGCUUCGGCGUCCAAGAGCACAAAUACUGUCCCUGUCCUUUAAGCGUUCUUUACUGAAGGCUAACCGACCCCUGUAGGCUGUUUGACACGUACUGGUGUGGAAUGUGCCGGCAGUCUUCAGUCGCCUGACGCGCGUGCACGUCCCGAGCUCGCUGCUCGUUGCCCGCGCGCGUGUGCGCUCGAGAGAGAGAGACAGCGGCGAAGAACGGCAGAGAGAACUGCUGCAGUUCGGCUGUUCACCUGCACAAACGGCCUCCUUCAGUUCUCGACAUGGCCUCUGAGCAAGAGACCAUCCGACGCCGAAUGUUGGAGCUUCUCGACAGAGCAGGAAACGGGGUCUGCGCGGACUGCGGCGCUCCAGGCCCGGAGUGGGCGUCCUUCACCUUGGGCGUCUUUGUGUGUCAGAGCUGCUCAGGCAUCCACCGCAACAUCCCUCAGAUCAGCCGGGUCAAGUCCAUCUUCCUCGACCCCUGGGAGAACUCUGAGGUCGAAUUCAUGGCCUCCACCGGCAACAGCGCUGCCAAAGCCAAGUACGAACAGAAGGUGCCGGCAUUCUAUUACUGCCCGACACACACAGACUGCCAGCUGCUGCGAGAACAGUGGAUUCGAGCCAGAUACGAAAGGAAUGAGUUCAUAUACGUGGAGAGACAGGAGCCGUAUUCGGCAGGCUACAGGGAAGGGUUUCUAUGGAAACGUGGGCGAGACAACGGUCAGUUCCUGAGUCGAAAAUUUAUUCUGUCCGAACGGGAGGGAGCGCUGAAAUACUUCAACAAGCAUGACGCCAGAGAGCCCAAGGCCUCGAUGAAGAUACAAACCAUCAACGCCACCUUCCAGCCUACAAAGAUUGGCAACCCUCAUGGACUCCAGAUAACCUACCUGAAGGACAACAGUACCAGGAACAUCUUUGUGUACCACGAAGAUGGGAAGGAAAUGGUUGACUGGUUCAAUGCCAUAAGAGCUGCUAGAUUCCAUUACUUACAAGUUGCUUUUCCUGGAGCCCAUGAUGUUGAUCUGGUGUCCAAACUAACGAGGAACUAUAUUAAAGAGGGCUACAUGGAGAAGACUGGUCCAAAGCAUACGGAAGGUUUUAAGAAGCGCUGGUUUACUUUGGAUGACAGGAGACUCAUGUACUUCAAAGACCCUUUGGAUGCGUAUGCGCGAGGAGAAGUGUUCAUCGGCAGUAAGGAGAGUGGAUACACAGUCUUACCAGGCCUGCCCUCCUCCACCCAGGGCUACCACUGGCAGUUUGGCAUCACCAUAGUGACACCAGACAGAAAGUUCCUGUUUGCCUGUGAGACAGAGGAGGAGCAGAAGGAGUGGAUAGCCGUGUUUCAGGGCGUGGUCAACAGACCUAUGUUACCUCAGGAGUAUGCAGUGGAGGCCCACUUUAAGCAUAAGCCAUGAGAGAAGCUGGGGGAGAGAGAGCUCUGUACUGGUGCCGGACUCAGAGCAGCUACGGAAGCCCUCAGGGGACACACAGCACCAGAGCCUAUCGCAAGGGGCAUGGAGAGACACCGCAGGCCAAGACAGCAGGCCAAGAACACCCGUCCGUGCCGACUCUGCGACUGUGCCAACUUUGUGCUUUAAAAUACUGUUCAUAAACAUCCACCCAGCCAUCUCUCUGCAUCGUCCAGUGCCAUUGUGUAAAUGACCAUUCUUUACUCCUUUAUAGCAAAGAUGUCGUUUGAUGGUGACAUUAAGUAAAAGGGAGAUAGAAAUCGAUCACACGGCGCAGGUCAGUAGAAUGUAUUGCUGCUGUUGGCACUUUGACCUGAGAAUGUAUGAUUCCUUGAAGUAGCCCCUUAUAGCCUGAGAGACAUGUGCAUAACUACUAGGUAAAUGUGUCAAAUGUAACUCCAGUUAUUUAUUUAUUUAUUUGUUUGUCUUACUGUGUUGAGCUGAGAGUCAGGUAUACUUGUGUGAAUAUCAAAGGACGACAUUUGAAGAGAAAUUUUGUUUAACAGUGGCCAUGUAAUCAAUCAGCUAUAAAUUCACUUGCUGAGCUUUGAGGACGUUCCGCGCAUAAAAAAUAUUUUAAAGAAAAAUGCCCUUGGUGUAUGUAUUGUUAUGGACAAAUCUUCCAAUAACACAGUUCUCAUGAAAUUGCAAACAUCUCCCAGUAGAGUGCACUGCUGUUAUAGGUGUU